AUGGCUCUUAAAGGAUAUGGUUUCUUACAAUCCUACUCUGAUUAUUCUCUUUUCACUUACACUAAGGGCAAUGUUCAAAUAAAUGUGCUAGUGUAUGUCGACGAUCUUAUUAUCUCUGGGAAUGAUUCCGCUGUACUUAAGACCUUUAAAGCCUAUCUCAGUGAUUGUUUUAAGAUGAAAGAUCUUGGUGUUUUGAAGUAUUUCCUCGGAAUCGAGGUGGCCAGGAGUUCGGCUGGUUUGUUAUUGUGUCAACGCAAGUACACACUUGACAUUGUAUCGGAGGCCGGAUUACUGGGAGCCAAGCCGUGUGGCUUCCCGAUCGAGCAAAAUCACAGAUUAGGACUCGCAAAUGGGGAGCUCUUGUCGAACCCUGAGUCCUAUCGCAGAUUAGUAGGUCGACUCAUUUAUCUGGCAGUGACCCGUCCAGAUUUGGCCUACUCGGUUCAUAUAUUAUCUCAAUUUAUGCAGGAGCCCAGAAUUGAGCAUUGGGAGGCGGCUUUCAGAGUCGUUCGUUAUUUGAAAGGUACUCCGGGUCAGGGUAUCUUGUUACGUGCAGAUAGUGAUCUGUCCCUGCAGGGUUGGUGUGAUUCUGAUUGGGCAGCAUGUCCAGUCACUAGACGCUCUUUGUCCGGAUGGCUUGUGUUUCUUGGGCAAUCUCCUAUUUCUUGGAAGACAAAGAAGCAACACACAGUUUCCCGCUCGUCUGCAGAAGCGGAAUACCGAGCUAUGGCAGCAGUUACUUGUGAGCUCAAAUGGUUGAAGGGGUUGCUUCUGAGCUUGGGUGUGCACCACCCAAAGGCAAUCAAGCUCUUUUGUGAUAGUCAAUCAGCCCUUCAUAUGGCCAAAAAUCCAGUAUUUCAUGAACGCACCAAACACAUUGAGGUUGAUUGUCACUUUGUUCGGGAUGCGAUAACAGAUGGUUUGAUUGCUCCGUCAUAUGUUCCUACUGUUACACAAUUGGCGGAUAUUUUUACAAAGGCUCUUAGAAAGAAACAAUUUGAUUAUCUUCUUGCCAAGUUGGGCAUUUUUGAACCUCAUGCUCCAACUUGA